AUGGCCAAAUCUAAAAAGGCAAAAUUAUCCAACUCACUUCAUAAUUUACUUCAAAAAAAUGAAAGGAAAAAAAUACAAGAAAUAAAAGCAAAAAAGUACCAGGAAAACAUGGAAAGAGCGAAAAAAAAUCGUACAACUCCAAAAAGCAGCACAGUCUUACCAAAGCGCCUUCGUCCUCAAUACAGUUCGAAAGACAAAAUUUUGUUGGUAGGAGAAGGUAACUUUUCAUUUGCUCGAUCUCUUUGUGAAAACUAUUUGGAAGAAGGUGCUGAUAAUUUAACGGCUACGUGUUUCGAUUCUGAAGAUGUUUUAUAUGAAAAGUAUGAGGAAGCCAAAGAAAAUAUUGAGUUGGUGCGAUCGUUUGGUGGAACAGUUUUGUUUGGUGUCGAUGCUACAAAUCCACCAAAGGAGAUUAGAAAAAAUAAAUAUACAAAGAUUGUAUUCAAUUUUCCUCAUGUGGGUGCCGGCAUAAAGGAUCAAGAUCGUAAUGUAAUUGCUAAUCAAAAGUUACUUAAUGGAUUUUUUGAUGCUGUUGAGCCUUUAUUAACAAAAGCAUCUGAUGAAAAAGUUGGCAAUGAUCAAGAUGUAAUAGAGGAUGUGCCAGAAGGAGAAAUUCAUGUAACACUUAAAACUUGCAAACCUUAUAAUUUAUGGGCAAUUAAAAGCUUGGUAAAGGCUAAAGGAGUUUUGGCAGUUCGAGGCACAGCACCAUUUUAUGUUGAUGAUUUUCCAGGUUAUGAACACCGUCGUACACUGGGUUUUAAAGAAGGCCUUAGUAAAGCUGGCAAUGCAGAAAUUUUAGCGUCAGAGCCGAAAAGAUACAUAUUUGUGAGAAAAGAAGUGAUGGAGGAAGAAAACGAAAAGAGCAUAAAAGGUUCCCAAAAGAGAAAAUUAGAAAUUCUAAAGGCACAGAUGGGAAAGAAAGUGAAAAGAAAGAAGACAGAAACGUCCAUGUCGGAUAAUGAUGAUGAUUAG